GAAUGCUCUCCAUAUGCAGCUCACUUGUACGAUGCCGAGGAUCCCUCCACUCCCGUGCGGACAAUACCAGGACUUUGCCGAGACUAUUGCCUGCAAGUCUGGCAAAAAUGCCGCUCCAUUUUUCGCUAUCUUUCUGCAGACAGCGAGUUAAUUGCGCUGGAGAACAACGUGGCAAAAUUCUGCCGCUACCUGUCCUUGGAGGACACAGACUACUGCUUCCCACACCUGCUGACGAACCAGAACCUUAACCAAAACCUGGGGCUGGUGACCGCAGAUGCAGAGGGCUGCCUCCAGCUCUGCCUCGUGGAGGUCGCCAACGGGCUGCGCAACCCCGUCGCGAUGGUGCACGCCAACGAUGGCACCCACAGGUUCUUCAUUGCGGAGCAGGUUGGCCUGGUGUGGACCUACCUCCCCGAUCGAUCCAGGCUUGAGAAACCCUUUCUGAACAUCAGCGAAGCUGUACUUACCUCACCUUGGGAAGGAGAUGAGAGAGGUUUUCUAGGUAUUGUCUUCCAUCCAAAAUUCAAAUUUAAUGGUAAAGUGUAUGUCUACUAUUCAGUUGAAGUUGGAUAUGAAGAGAGAAUCCGAAUCAGCGAGUUCAGAAUUUCUCCUGUGGACAUGAACACUUUGGACCAUGGUUCUGAAAGGGUCAUCCUGGAAAUAGAAGAACCUGCUUCCAACCAUAAUGGAGGAGAGCUGCUCUUUGGAGAUGAUGGCUACCUCUAUAUAUUUACUGGAGACGGAGGCAUGGCUGGGGAUCCUUUCGGGACCUUCGGAAACGCCCAGAACAAAUCAACCCUGUUGGGCAAAGUGCUGCGGAUCGAUGUGGACAACAAUGACCACGGGCCUCUGUACCGAAUCCCUCCCGACAACCCUUUUCUUAACGACCCCAAGGCUCGCCCCGAAGUCUAUGCAUACGGAGUGAGAAAUAUGUGGCGCUGCUCUUUUGAUAGGGGCGAACCUCACACCAAGGAGGGCAAAGGGCGGCUCUUCUGCGGAGACGUGGGGCAGAAUAAAUACGAAGAAAUCGACAUCGUCGAGAAAGGGAAAAAUUACGGCUGGAGGGCAAGGGAAGGGUUCAGCUGUUAUGAUAAAAAACUUUGUGCCAAUUCUUCAAUGGAUGAUGUGCUUCCAAUUUACGCGUAUCCACACAAAAUGGGCAAGUCUGUUACGGGAGGCUACGUCUAUCGGGGUUGCGAGUAUCCAAACUUGAAUGGCCUGUACAUAUUUGGUGAUUUUAUGAGUGGACGCCUGAUGUCUUUAAAGGAGGAUCAUGCUACGGGAGAGUGGCAGUACAGCGAAAUCUGCAUGGGGACGGGACAAACGUGCAUGUUCCCUGGGCUUAUCAAUAACUAUUACCAAUACAUCAUCUCCUUUGCUGAAGAUGAAGCAGGAGAACUUUACUUCAUGUCUACUGGCGUACCAAGUGCCACAGCUCCCCAUGGAGUGGUGUACAAAGUGGUGGACACCUCCAGGAGAGCACCACCAGGAAAAUGCCGAGUUGAGCCAACGCCAGUGAAAGUAAAAAGCAAGCGCAUCCAGUUUGUGCCAAAGGAGAAGUUUAUUAUGAAAACACCGACGCCACGUCCCCGACUGAAGCCCACGACUGAGGCCCCAUGGGGAGGCAGUUGGGACCACGAAACCCACCGCACACCAGCCGUGGACUGGGUGGACCAAGCCCCACCACCGCCGGGGAACAGGAGCAGGACGCCCGCUACCCUGGCGCCCAGCGGCAGCAGGACCCCCAGGCCCAGGAAGGGAGGAGAGAGGAGGGGGCAGCGAAGGAAGAAGAAACCCCCCGGCACAUCUCCACCACUGCGGAAUGGGGCCGUGCGGCUGAUGGAGCAGCGGCGCCGGGGCCGGAGCCGGGGCCGAGUGGAGAUUUACAUCAACGGUGAGUGGGGCACUGUGUGCGAUGAUGGCUGGAGCUCGGCCGCUGCUGCUGUGGUGUGCCGCCAGCUGGGCUUCCCCUAUGUGGUGCGGGCCAGCAAGAAGGCAGAAUUUGGGGAAGGGACCACCCUACGCAUUCUCCUGGACGAUGUCCAGUGCUCCGGGCAGGAGAAGACGUUGCUGGAGUGCCCCCACGCUGACGUGGGCACACACAACUGCUCCCACGAGGAGGACGCCGGCGUCGUGUGCAGCUGGGAGGAGGUGGCAGACCGGUGA